CCGGAGCCGACGGGCCGGGUUCCGGCUUCCGCCCGAGCCUCUGUCGCGGCGGACCGGAUGUGUGUCCCGGGCGGAGGGCGGCGGUGCGCGGCGCUGACGGAGUCCGGACGGUGAAGCUUCCACACCCUUCCUGUAAUGGGGCGACCAGAACUGAACAUACAACUCCAAAUGCGGCCUAAGCAAGGAUUUGUACAGGACUGUGGCACGUUAGUUGAAGGGCAUGAUUCUUGCUGCAAAACAACAAACUUCACGUCAUACAAGUCAAUGAAAACAAAUCUGAUUCUAAAUGAUGCCAUUCCUGACUAUUGGUCGGUUAUUCUGAGUGAGGGGCCUUGUAAACGUUUCUGAUCAACCAUGAGUGUGAUCGCCUACCUGAAAACUCAUUUCAUCGUCCACCUCUUGCUCGGGUUUGUGUUUGUCGUCAGUGGUUUCUGCAUCAACUUCAUCCAGCUCUGCACACUCCCCAUCUGGCUAUUCAGCAAGCAACUCUAUAGGCAUCUCAACUGCUUUCUUGCCUACUCUCUAUGGAGCCAACUGGUCCUGCUGCUAGAAUGGUGGUCCGGUACGGAGUGCACGCUUUUCACUGACCAGGCCACUGUGGACCAAUUUGGCAAGGAGCAUGUCAUUGUCAUCUUAAAUCACAAUUAUGAGAUUGACUUCCUAUGUGGUUGGACCAUGUGUGAGAGAUACGGCGUUUUGGGGAGUUCCAAAGUCCUGGCCAAGCAGGAGCUGCUUUAUGUCCCUCUAAUUGGAUGGACGUGGUAUUUCCUGGAGAUUGUUUUCUGUAAGCGCCGUUGGGACGAGGACAGAGACACCGUCACGAGUGGGCUUCAGGCACUGCGGGACUACCCACAGUACAUGUGGUUCCUCUUGUACUGUGAAGGCACCCGGUUUACUGAGAAGAAGCACCGGAUCAGCAUGGAGGUGGCUGAGUCAAAGGGCUUGCCGAAGUUGAAACAUCAUCUGCUACCGAGGACCAAAGGGUUCACCACCACAGUGGAGUACCUCAGGGGGACCGUUACUGCUGUGUACGAUGUGACGUUAAACUUCCGAGACAGGGAGAACCCAACGCUACUUGGAAUUCUGCAUGGCAAGCAGUACCAUGCAGACAUGUGCGUCAGGAGGUUUCCUCUGGAGGAUAUUCCUGAAGAUGAGAAGGAGUGUGCUGCAUGGCUGCACAAACUGUACCAGGAAAAGGACGCUCUCCAGGAGCAGUACGCCAAGGAAGGCACGUUCCCCGGGCAACGGAUUCAGCCUCGCCGCCGGCCGUGGCCCUUCGUCAACUGGCUCUUCUGGGUGAUCGUCCUGCUGACGCCGCUCUUCAGCUUCAUGAUCGGAGUGUUUGCCAGCGGCUCCCCAGUCUUAAUCUGCUCGUUCCUGCUGUCCGUCGGAGCAGCUUCGUUCUGUGUGCGCCGGCUGAUCGGAGUGACCGAGAUUGGAAAAGGGUCGAGCUACGGAAACCAGGAGUUCAAGAAGAGGAUGUAGACAUAUUAACAAAGACCUGCAAGCUGCUUACCGAAAUAACUCUGUGACUCUAGGAACGUCCUGCUCUCCUCAACUGACAGUAACUAACUAGCAACUGGAGCCAAGAAUGGGCCAUUCCACAGUCUGCUGGGAGAGAGCGACCAUCCUGAACCACACAGUCCACCCUAACCCCACCCGUCCCCAGACCCCAUCAAUGCCAGGCUCGCCCCACCUUCCCUGUCCAGUAUGGAUCCCCUUCUCCCACCUCCCCCAGCGUCAGUCAACCCUGCACCCCUACCACCACCCAAGGGUGCUGUGUGAGAUAUUGGCAGCCUUUGACUGGUUACUCAAAGGCUGUGCUGAAUGCUGCUAACCACAGGCUGGUCGAUCCCUGCGAGUGAGUGCAGAAGGGAACUCCCUCCCUCCCUCCUUCACUCCCUCCCUCCCUCCUUCCCUCCCUCCCUCCUUCCCUCCCUCCCUCCUUCCCUCCCUCCCUCCUUCCUUCCCUCCUUCCCUCCCUCCUUCCCUCCCUCCCUCCCUCCCUCCUUCCUUCCCUCCUUCCCUCCCUCCCUCCCUCCCUCCUUCCCUCCCUCCCUCCCUCCCUCCUUCCCUCCCUCCCUCCCUCCUUCCCUCCCUCCCUCCUUCACUCCCUCCCUCCCUCCUUCCCUCCCUCCUUCCCUCCCUCCUCUUUUCGUCUUUUUUCUCACCUUCCCUUUCUCCUCCUCCCUCACCCUCUCCCCUUUUCUCUCUCCAAACCUUCCAACCUCUCUCCUUUUCCCCUUUCUUUGUCUCUCCCUCUCAUAUAUGCACUCUCUAUCCCCCCCUCUCUCUAUCCCCCUCUCUCUAUCCCCCUCUCUCUAUCCCCCUCUCUCUAUCCCUCUCUCUCUCUAUCCCUCUCUCUCUCUAUCCCUCUCUCUCUCUAUCCCUCUCUCUCUCUAUCCCUCUCUCUCUCUAUCCCUCUCUCUCUAUCCCUCUCUCUCUAUCCCUCUCUCUCUAUCCCUCUCUCUCUAUCCCUCUCUCUCUGUCCCCCCUCUCUCUAUCCCCCCUCUCUCUAUCCCCCCUCUCUCUAUCCCCCCUCUCUAUCCCCCCUCUCUAUCCCCCCUCUCUCUAUCCCCCCCUCUCUCUAUCCCCCCCUCUCUCUAUCCCCCCCUCUCUCUAUCCCCCCCUCUCUCUAUCCCCCCCUCUCUCUAUCCCCCCCUCUCUCUAUCCCCCUCCCCCUCUCUAUCCCCUCUC